AUGCUCCGAGACUGGUACACUUCAGAGCGUCGAAUUGAUUACAUUGACCUUCUAGCAGCUGGCGAACGUCAAAAUUUCUUGCGCAAUUUACCUGGAUUGCUCGUUGAUAAAAUGAUCUACUACAAGGGUUGCUGGGAAUUUAGCCGCGCUUUGGAAAGAGCGAAUGGGGACGUCAUUAAGCUUGAUGUUUACAUUGAUCCUAGCAUUGAUCCAAAGCACGGCCCUCUUAGGAUCGAAAUGAUUCGACUAGUGCCCGGCCCGAAAGCUGACUUAUAUAGGCGAGUUUCCCCUACAAGACGGGCACACGAUAUUACGUCGCUAAGUUUCGUCGAUUCGUCUACAUCAAGUAAUGCAAAGGAGUAUGCGUUGACUGACUCGUCGGAUGAGGAAUUGAUGACGUUCGAAUACGAUCCAAGUGAAUCUCGUAAUAACUUUCGGCUCAAGGCCAAUGUCACUGUGAACAUUACGAUUGAAGGACUUUAUGAUCGGCAAGGAAGCGAUCAUCUUGACAACUGGACGAUCCAAUGGCUUGGAGAUGGAAAAGUCGCCCCUCUUGAAGGUGGUCAAAUCAGAUUCAUCUCAUUGGACCCUAAGGUGGCACCUCAGCCAGGAACCUACCAGCUUCGAAUUCUUAUUGACGUGGAUGGCCGAUUGAUGCAAGAUAUUCGUGUCAAUCUCUUGGUCAAGGGGGCUGUGCAAACCCCGAUGGCACCAGCACCUAUGGGCCCUGAUGACGGUCCUCAUGGCGGUGGUGGUGGAGGAGGCGUCGGCCACGUUAAAUUGCCUGGAAUUGGAACCUUUUUGCCGAACUACUGCGCUUCAGACACGAACGCUGCAAGAAUGGCAUCGCCCUUCUACUGGAAGUCCGCUCCUGUGAGUCUGCUCGGGGUCUGGCCGGACAAAGAGACGAAGAUGCUGACGCUCGUAUUCAAGCGAAAUGGAAGCCGUCACUUUGAGCUCCGUGCGCUUGUCAAUGUCCCUUUUACGAUUGACGGUCCUUAUGAUGAGCAAGGAAACGAUCAAUGUCACGACUGGAACUUCGGAUGGACUGAAGAUCGAGAUGUCGCCGCUCUUCCAGAUGGUGUCAGGACAUUCAUCUCAGGCACUCUUGAACCUCGUCGCGUUAUCAAAUUCAAAUUGGCUCACCAGACAGCUCAGCCAGGGACCUACCAGCUUCGAAUGCUCACUUACUGGGGUGGAUUAGAGGUGAGUUUGUUGAUACGAAACGGUCAUUUUAUUUUUCAAAAAAACAUUUUUUCUUAUAUUCGUGUCAAUCUCGAUAUUCGUGUCAAUCUCGUUGUCGAGGAGGCUGUGCAAAUCCCCAUGGCACCAGCACCUAUGGGCCCUGAUGACGGUCCUCAUGGCGGUGGUGGUGGAGGAGGCGUGGGCCACGGUGGAACUGGAAGUGGAACCUUUUAUUCGAACUAUUGCGCUAUGCGCCCACGGCUUCUAGAGACUCAAGCGACAAGAACGACAAGACUCAAUCGCCUCAAUGAAAUCUCCUAUUUUUUG